CAAUAAUUACAUCAUAACAAUUGUAAUAGUUGAAUAAUAUAAAACUCUGUUGAACUCUAUACAUAAUUAAAAAUGGCGUCCAACAUGUCAGACAAAUGUGUCGCUUAUGUCGAGAAAACAAUGAAAAGUGGUUAUUUUGUCUUUUUUGUUUCUUAAAAUUUUUAUACAACAGUAAAUAUUGAUUGAUGAUCGAACAAAGUAUUUUAUUAAUUUCAAAAAGAUGUUUUAUUCGCACGAACUUCUUUCUAUGCGACAAAAAGGAAAAUUUGCACGAUGUUGGUUAGCUGCUACAGUCAAUGAUCAAAUAUUUAAACAAAUGUGUAGAUCAUCGACCGUGAAUGGAAUUAAUUUAUGUGAAUUAUGCAUAGAAAUAAUGAAUACAAUUCAAAUUGAAAGUAAUGAAACAAAUAGACGAUUCAGUUUGUAUUUAUCAUCGCAACUUAUGUAUGGAGCAGUAAAAAUAUUAUUAUAUCAGACAACUAAUUUACAAACUCAAGUUUUUCAAAUAGACAAGAAAGUAUUAUAUUACAAAAAGAACAAAAUAUAUGAAGUUGAUAAUAUUUCCAAAAAUUUAGAAUCAUGUAAUAUAACUUGUAUGAUCCAAGAUUUUAAUGAUAUUCAAUCAGAUAACACUUUACCCGUUUUAUGCGAUGAAUUGAAUAUAAAUACUAAAAUGGAGGCAAUGAUGCGUGAUGCUGCAUGUUUGGAUUUUGGUGCUUUAACUCAUGAACAAUUGAACUUUCUCCUUCCAAAUGGUGAAGAUAUUUCAUUAGAAAUAUUCGAAAGAAUGCAUAUUACAAAUUCGAAUUUGGAUAGAGAAUUAAAUGAUACUUCUCCAGUCAAUAAAAAUAUUUUGUCAAGUUUAGAAGUAUCUGACAUCACGAUGCAUAAAAUUGAGACAGGAAUGUCAAUAGAUAAUGUAUCUAUAGAAAAUGAAGUAGAUUUUGGAGCAUAUACGAAGACAACAUUGUCAGAUAUAACUGUACAAGAAUUUAUGCCAGCGAAGAAUACUUUUGUAACAUCUCAAAAGAGACAAUCUGCCAAAGGUAUACAUAUAGAAACACCAAUCAAAAAAAGACGCUUAAGAUUCGAAGAUACAGCAGUUCCAAAUACGGCAGAAAUUGUAACAAUACCAGAAGUAAUUUCUGUUCCUACUGCAGAUUAUUUUGUAGAACCAUUACAGAAUUUGGAAUCAAUGCAUAUAGAUUCACAACAGAUUAAAAUAAAAUCAAGAAGAAAGAAAAUAUUUGCAGACAAAAAUAUAAAAUUCAGUCAUAAAAUAAUAAGAAAAUGGAUCAGUGAUGUCAAUGCUCAUACUGUUCCGUUAAGUGUUAUUAAUGUAAAUAUAUCAACAUCAGAAAUUCUUUUCCAAAUGGCACCAGCAAGAUUUACUUCUACUCGAAAAAAUAAAUGGAAUAGUCCUUUAGUAACACUUUUCAAUACGCACGCUGUUGUACCAUCUAUUAAAAAAAAGAUACAAGUGGAAGGUGGACAGUUAGAAAAAUCAAGUGAAUUUUUGCGUUUAAUGGAUAGAAGCAAUAAAACUGAAGAAUUGCUCUCUGAUUUGUCAUCGGCGAUUGGAAGGACUGCUGAAAUAAGCAAAAAUAUAAGUUCAGAGAAAAGUGUUGCCAUUAGCAUUGAUGAGCUUCCAGAAGUAAUAAAAUUUCAUGAUGUAAUGGCAUCAACUAAUGAUGAAUUAGAAAAAAUACAAUCACCAAAUAUUGCAAGAGAAUCAUUUAUACCGGAUGCUAGUCCAGACUCUUCAUCCAGACUUCCAUCUUAUUUAUUAACAAAACAAGAAUUACAUGCAUUAUUGGAGAUAAUUUGGCGGAACAAUCAAUUUGCAACAUUUACAGAUAUAAUUUCACCAGAUCAUUAUAGUAAAUUAGAUGCUUCUUGUUGUUUCACAUUUCUCUUGGAAUUAUACAAAGAGAAGAGAAUUAUUUUAAAACAAGCUACACCUUAUGAUAUCAUCUGGAUACAAAAAUAUGCAUAAUUUGGGUGAUAAUGAUUCUUUUGCUCAAUUAAUAUAUUAAAAUAUCAUUUAUUCUACAAGAAACAGAUUAUUAUUUGAAAUACUUA